UUUUGGUUUUUGUUUUUAUUGGUUUCGAGACGACGGCAAUUGAUGUGGCUGUUAAGUACCCAAUUGGGCCAAAGGAGCUAAUCGAUAGAAUUCGAGAAUCCUUUGAAAAUGUUUCCACGUCUGCCCGCUGUAAGCGGUGGGUCGGCAGACAUUUAUCAGGAUGAUGAUGCCAGUACCACAAUGCGUUCAGUAUUCCCAAAUUCACGACUCGAUUCGCUGGCCACACAUCAUCAGAGUAGCGGGGAUCCUUAUAAUCAUCAUCAUCAGCAACAUCAUCAGGGCAGUUCGGCUGAGUCAGAGAUGCCAGGACAAAUGCCACCGCCGCCUUCACCGCCGCAAAUGCCAGCGCUACCCGACUAUAAUCCCCUGCAGGAUGAUGAUAAUUGGUGGGCCAAUGCCAUCGAGGUGGACACAUUCGAUUCACCAUUGGCUUUCGAUGCCAGCGAGAAUGGCCUGUGGAAUGGACAUUUUGUACCGCCGCCGCCACGUCCGCCCUUUUUGGAUGAAAGCGUCGCCGCUGAUGGCCUGACCACCUGUGAUCUAUGCACGUGGGCAUGGCAAAGGAAUGCCUACUCUUUGGAUGGUUCAUCGAUAGAUACCGCUGGCGAACUUGGAUGGGCAUUCACCCUAAUCAUAGUUUCAAUCAUAUCGGCUAUUAUAGGUGCUAUUGUAAUGGUCAUAGUUCUAAGAUGUAAAAGAAUUAAAUCGGCGAAUGCAAAUGGUAAUGGUGGUCGCCCUCAGCCUUGGUGGUGUCGCAAUAAUCGGAAUGGUAAUGGUCAAAAUCGUUCACCCAUAUCGAUAAAACAUUCAGCGGAUAGCAUACGCCGUCCCACAAGCAAUUCAGGCGUUUGGACCUGGUUAGGAGGCAGUCGUCGCUCAUCGUCCGGUGGCCCCGAUCAAAUUGGACCGCCAUCAACAUCACCGGCCGAGAAUCAUUAUACCCACAUGGAUGAUGCAUACAGUCCGGUGGGUGUUAGUGAAGCUCUCUAUGCCGAAUUGGAUCGCGAAUCGGUACGUUCGGCAAAUCCGUCGUAUCAGAAUACCGCAUACAGUCAAUGUGGUGAGAAAUACAAUUUCCAAUCGCACGAACAAGACAUUCCCAUGGUAGUAUCAUCGGCUCCAAGUAGUGCAUACUAUUCGGAUCUUUCCGUAACAGCCAUGCCUGGAGGAGCCAGUGGCAGCGGUGGCAAUCAGGGAGCCUAUGAAAUUGUUGGUCUUAAUGUUAUGUCCCAGCCUCUGCCCAAUUGGGAUCAUCAUGGUGGCAACAGUGGCGGCGGUAGCGGUGCUGGUGGUGGUGGUGGUGGCAACACCAUUCCAGGUGGUAAUGGUCUUUCACCUGGUGGCGAACCAGUGGCCAUGACACAACGUCGCAUACCCAGACUGGCGGCCAUCAAUGAGACCAGCACUAGUACAGUGCCAUCGGACUAUGUCUAAAGAGUUAGACGAGUGGCAGAAAGAGAGAGAGAGAGAGAGCGAACGUAUCCUUCUCUAGAGAGAAGACAUCAAUGGGGGGGG